GCGCCUGACCCCGGCUUCUCCGCCGCGCGCGAAGGUACCGGGCGGUAGACGCUGGCGCGUUGCUGCUCCCCACUCCGGGUCCGGAGCCCCGAACCCCAAGCCCCGGGCUGCGGGGCCACUCUGGGUCAAGUCACUGAUGUUAGCUUCAAAACUUCUAAAAGAAUCUUCAGAAUGGCGUUAAACAAGACAAGCUACUAAUUGAUUCAGGUCCCGCCUGCAGCAUGUGCCUUCUCUGUUGGGUUAGCUUAGCAAGACGCUCUUAGAAAAGGUCAUUCUGCAGUGAGCUAGAGAGCUGAUGCUUAUGGAGCCAGAUCAGUGGACUUGACUCUUCUGGGAGGCUCUCUUGCUUCAUUGUAUUCUCUGCCAGAGUCUUAAGAGGUGGACGGGCUCAUGGAUGGGAACUAGCACUUUCAUGCUGAAUAAAGAUGAAGCAGGUUGACCCGUGAGACUGAAAACUCUGAAACCACAUCUGGAUUCACCAGAUUCAUUACUGCUGGAGAGAAAGAAGCCACAGUGGAAAAGAUAACCCAAGUCAAGAGCAUGAAGGCGACUGGAGAGUAAAUGGCCACCUCCACCUCAUCAGAGACGAAGUCAGCCUCCUGGUGGAAUUACUUUUUCCUUUAUGAUGGCUCAAAGGUAAAGGAAGAAGGCGAUCCGACCAGAGCUGGCAUCUGUUAUUUUUAUCCUCCUCAGACCCUGCUUGACCAACAAGAGCUGCUCUGUGGACAGAUUGCUGGAGUUGUCCACUGUAUUUCAGACAUUUCCUCCUCUCCCCCAACUCUUAUUCGUCUGCGGAAACUUAAGUUUGCCAUAAAGGUUGAUGGAGAUUACCUUUGGGCGCUGGGCUGUGCGGUGGAGCUCCCUGAUGUCAGCUGCAAGCAGUUCCUGGCCCAGCUGAUUGGGUUCUUUCAGUUUUACAAUGGACCUGUUUCUCUGGCUUACAAGAGCCGCUCCCAGGAAGAGCUGAGCGCCGAGUGGGACACCUUCAUUGAACAAAUUCUGAGAAACACCAGUGAUCUACACAGGAUAUUCAAUUCCCUGUGGAACUUGGAUCGAACUAAGGUGGAGCCCCUGUUGCUGCUGAAGGCAGCCCUCAUCCUGCAGACCUGCCAGCGUUCGCCUCACAUUCUCGCCGGCUGCAUCCUCUAUAAAGGACUGAUUGUUAGCACGCAGCUUCCUCCCUCCCUCACUGCCAAAGUCCUGCUUCGAGGAGCUGCGCCUCGGGGCCAGAGGAUGCCUACAGGAGGGGAUGCCCUGUGGGAAAGUGGAGUGGAUCUCCCCCCAAAUGUCCAGAUCAUGCCUGUCUUCCUGACCCAAGAGGAAGCUGUCAGUCUGCACGAGUUCCCCAGUGAGCACGUGUCUAGCUCUCCUGCACCUCCCGCCGGACUCCAGGAGAGCUCAGCCCCUCCCCCUCCAGAGGGGUACGGCCCAUCUGCCCUGGGAGGAAAAAGCACCAAGCAUUUGGAGUCCAUGGCCUGGUCAUUGGCAACAACCCCGGAGCCCACAUGCCCAGAUGUCGCCUUGCCUAAUGGCAAGGGGGAGAAUGGACAUUUGUCUGAUGGUGACCUGGAGCGCAUCCAGCCUGCUGAAGGUCUCAGCAGCGCCAGGGACAAGGGUCCCCACCUCAGCUGCUCCCAGGUGAAGGAACCUGAUGUGUCCCGGGAGAAAGGGGAGGUGGACUUGUCUGAAAUCCACAUUCCAGGAGCUCAGGAAAUGGGAGCAUCAGGCUGUUUUGCAGCAUGUGCCUCAGAUGGCGCAGGUCCUUGCCGUGAGGAAUCUUCUGGAGACUUACACAAUCUGGAACCCCAGCUGCCUGAGGCCUUGCCUGUGGGUCUCUCUCCCUGUCCUGAGAUUCUCUCCCAGAAUGGAAUCCUAGAAGAGCUCCAGGACAACAGCCAACCCCCUGCUCCCGGAAAAGAGCGCCACCCCAGAAAGACAAGCGGGCCGCUGUCAUCGCCUGCCUCAGACUCCAGGCAGGGAGCAGCUGAGCUUCCUGAGGGGGGACAGGGUGUGGAGUGGUGUGCUGAUGGGGUUCCUCAGAGCCUCGCAGCCGCAGAUCUGGAGUGCAGCCCAUCGGUGGCCAGGGUGGACAGCGGGCAGGCUCCAGCCUCCAGAGGGGGGCUCUUGCGGAAGAACCUCUACACUCACCGUGUUAAGGGGCUGAUGCUGUCUCUGCUGGCGGAGGAGCCGCUGCCAGGAGAUGCGGCAGCCAUCGAGGAGGUGUACCACAGCAGCCUGGCGUCCCUGAACGGGCUGGAGGUCCACCUGAAGGAGACGCUGCCCAUCGCCGAGGCCGCCGCCUCAUCCAGAGCCUACAACUUUGCGCACUACGACGGCGUCCAGAACCUGCUGACGGCAAACCUGCCGCGUGUGACCACACCCCAGGAUCGCCGCUUCCUGCAGGCCGUCAGCUUGAUGCACGCUGACUUCGCCCGGCUCCCUGCGCUGUACGAGGUGACGGUCAGAAACACCUCCACAGCUGUGUACGCCUGCUGCAGCCCUGUCCAGGAAACCUAUUUCCAGCAGCUGGUGACAGCAGCCCGGAGCUCAGGCUUCCCAAGUGCGCAGGAUAGCGCCUUCAACCUGCCGGGCAAAGCCAAGCAGAAGCUGCUGAAGCACGGUGUGAACCUGCUUUGAACUGAGCUGCUCAGGGAGGGUGCGCCCAGGAGAGCGAGCUGAUGGAUCGCAGAGCCAGGGGGCUCUGUCGUCUACGUGGAAAAAGCCCUCUCUUCUGUUUUUGGUGGGUUAUCCCCAUUUGUUAAGGAAUGUGUGGCAUUUGUGUGUUACUCCUCUGCAGAUUGGGGUGUGAGGGGUGGUUUCUUCAGGUUGCCGACCUAGAGGUAGAGAUGAAGGACUUUCCUAUGCUGGCAGUAUCGGGGUGCCUGGACCACUCAUGCCAGAGGGACCAGGCCCCCGGUUUCUGUCACACUGGGCCUUUCAUCCACCAUGUCUGCACUUCUUCAUUCCAGCCUUAACUAGGCGCACACAAGCUCAUAUUGGCUUUUCCCGGAAACUGGUUGUCCCUAGUCUAGAGUGCUUGUCCAGCCCUGUCCCCAGGGGGAUUGAGGGGUGCUGACCAGGUGGGUUUGUGAGCAGGCAGACCGGAUCCCCCGCCUCUCGGGCCAUCAGAGUGGUCGUCCUGGGAGGUCUCACACUGCAUGCAGGGAGGCAGGCGGGGCUGCCCACGCCACCUGUGCGGAUCUCCUAGAACUGUGUUCAGAAUGAGGCUCCAGUUCUUUGGUUACCCCAGUGGGGGCAAAUCGUGAUAACACAGUGAGUGUGGGGUCCGGAGACAACCGGAAGUUCUGGGCCCUCGAUCAGGGGUUGGGUGAUGGCAAAUUUGACUGAGCCCCUUGGUUCCUCUUGGGUUCCUGUCCCAGAAUGGGCGUUUCAAAAACUGGGGCAGAGGCAGAGCGGUGCCCUUCAGGGAGGCUGCUGAAAGGGAGGAAUACGUGCUCAUGCUUCUGAGAGAGUUAGUACUUAAACAUCGGUCUGUUGCAUUGUAACCGAGACUCGUUAUGGCAAUGGCAUGCAACUCCCAGGAAGAAAAUAUUUCCAGAAUCCUAGCUGAUGUUUUACUGAAAGCUGAGGUUCCAUUUGAAAAUGAUGAUGUUAAUAACGUCAUGUCAGUGAACAGACACCUGAGGUUUACGACAUUGUGCCUUUGUCUUGAAAACAUGUUUUCAAGGACUAAAAAUAAAAUAGCCAAAACUG